AUGGAUAGAUGCAAACAUGUCGGGCGGUUGCGGCUCGCCCAGGACCACUCCAUCCUGAACCCGCAGAAGUGGUGCUGCAAGGAGUGCGCCACCACCGAGUCGGUGUGGGCUUGUCUCAAGUGCUCCCACGUGGCCUGCGGCCGCUACAUCGAGGAUCACGCCCUUAAACACUUUGAGGAGACUGGGCACCCGCUAGCUAUGGAGGUCCGAGAUCUGUACGUGUUCUGUUACCUGUGCAAGGACUAUGUGCUCAACGAUAACCCCGAGGGGGACCUGAAGCUGCUCAGAAGCUCCCUCCUGGCGGUCAGGGGCCAGAAGCAGGACCCGCCGCUGAGGCGCGGCCGGACGCUGCGGUCCAUGGCCUCGGGCGAGGACCCCGUCCCGCCGCAGCGCGCUCCUCAGGGACAGCCGCAGAUGCUCACGGCUCUGUGGUACCGGCGCCAGCGCCUGCUGGCCAAGACGCUGCGGCUCUGGUUCGAGAAGAGCUCCCGCGGCCAGGCGAAGCUGGAGCAGCGGCGGCAGGAGGAGGCGCUGGAACGCAAGAAGGAGGAGGCGCGGCAGCGGCGGCGCGAGGUGAAGCGGCGGCUGCUGGAGGAGCUGGCCAGCGCCCCUCCGCGCAAGAGCGCGCGCCUGCUGCUGGGCGUCACGGGCCUGCGCAACCUGGGCAACACCUGCUACAUGAACUCCAUCCUGCAGGUGCUCAGCCACCUCCAGAAGUUCCGCGAGUGUUUUCUGAACCUCGACCCUUCCCAGACCCAACAACUGUUUCCCAAGGCCCCCAACGGGAAGGCUCCGCUCUCGGGCAGGCCGGCCGGCAGCUCGGCCACCGAGCUGACGGCCAGGAGCGACCGGGCUGAGUCGUGCGAGCGGGAGGGCCUCUGCUUCAACGGCGGGGCCUCCAUCAGCAGGAGCCUAGAACUCAUCCAGAACAAGGAGCCGAGCUCGAAGCACAUUUCCCUCUGUCACGAACUGCACACCCUCUUCCGUGUCAUGUGGUCCGGCAAGUGGGCCCUGGUGUCACCCUUCGCCAUGCUUCACUCCGUUUGGAGCCUGAUCCCCGCCUUCCGGGGCUACGACCAGCAGGAUGCGCAGGAAUUCCUCUGUGAGCUGUUGCACAAAGUGCAGCAAGAGCUCGAGUCUGAGGGCACCACGCGCCGGAUCCUCAUCCCCUUCUCCCAGAGGAAGCUCACCAAACAGGUCUUAAAGGUGGUGAACACCAUAUUCCACGGGCAGCUACUCAGUCAGGUCACAUGUGUAUCAUGCAAUUACAAAUCCAAUACCAUUGAGCCCUUUUGGGAUUUGUCCCUGGAAUUCCCUGAACGGUAUCACUGCAUAGAAAAGGGGUUUGUCCCUUUGAAUCAGACUGAGUGCCUGCUCACUGAGAUGCUGGCCAAGUUCACAGAGACAGAGGCCCUGGAAGGGAGAAUCUACGCUUGUGACCAGUGUAACAGCAAACGACGAAAAUCCAAUCCAAAACCCCUUGUUCUGAGUGAAGCUAGAAAGCAGUUAAUGAUCUACAGACUACCUCAGGUCCUCCGGCUGCACCUUAAAAGAUUCAGGUGGUCUGGCCGUAAUCAUCGAGAGAAGAUUGGGGUCCAUGUCGUCUUUGACCAGGUAUUAAACAUGGAACCUUACUGCUGCAGGGACAUGCUCUCCUCUCUUGACAAAGAGACCUUUGCCUAUGAUCUCUCCGCAGUGGUCAUGCAUCACGGGAAAGGGUUUGGCUCAGGACACUACACAGCCUAUUGCUACAACACAGAGGGAGGUUUUUGGGUCCACUGCAAUGACUCAAAGCUGAAUGUAUGCAGUGUCGAGGAAGUGUGCAAAACUCAAGCCUACAUCCUUUUUUACACUCAAAGAACAGUUCAGGGCAAUGCAAGAAUUUCAGAAACCCAACUCCAAGCUCAGGUGCAGCCCAGCAACAACGAUGAGGGCAGACCACGGACCUUCCCCUGA